AACAGGAGAGAGAGAGAGCGAGAGAGAGAGCGCGAGAGAGAGAGAGGCAGCAGCAGAGGAGGUGGUGGUUGGUGGUUGGUGUGUGUGAGAGUGAGGCAGCUGGAUUGAAGGGAAGAAAGAGAGACAUGACACAAAUAUCCAAAGGCAGAAAGCACGCCGUACCAUGCGAGCUAAAUUGGUGAGCGAUGGGCUCGAGGAUGUCGGAUUAAUGGUGACUACCGCAGCCCGUUUUCGCAGAGGAAGCUUCUCGAUCGCAACUUGGGCGCAGAAGAGGGUCCGCGGGGAAACAUGGCCGAAGGAGGGCCGGGUAAAGGUGGAGGAGGAAGAGGAGGAGAAGACCCCGCCAAGUCCACCACCGAGCAGCAGCAGCAGCAGCAGGAGGAGGAUCAGGAGGACCGGACUCGACCUCAGAUCCUGUCGGGAUCUGGCUUCUGCAAAUGGUUCAACGUCCGGAUGGGCUUUGGAUUUACCUCAAUGACCAGCAGCGAUGGGAGCCCAGUCGACCCACCUCUGGAUGUUUUCGUCCACCAAAGCAAACUGGUGAUGGAGGGCUUCCGCAGCUUAAAGGAGGGCGAGCAGGUGGAGUUCACCUAUAAGAAGUCCUCUAAGGGCCUGGAGUCCCUGCGGGUGACCGGACCUGGUGGGGGACCCUGCGCAGGCAGCGAGAGGAGACCCAAAGGGAAGGUCCCACUCCAGAAACGCAAACCAAAGGGAGACCGCUGUUAUAACUGUGGAGGUCUGGAUCACCAUGCCAAGGAGUGUGGCCUGCCCCCCCAGCCAAAGAAAUGCCACUACUGCCAGAGCAUCACGCACAUGGUGGCUCAGUGUCCCCACAAGGCGCUGGCGCCCGCCACAGGCUCUCAGGACCAACAUGCGUCUACCUCGGCCUUCAGCCCAGGGACCAGCGGGCCCUACCUCUGCCCCCCGGAGGAGGAGGAGCGCUCCGGCUCGUCUCCCCUGGAGGGCUCCUCCUCCUCCCCCGAGGAGCCACACUCACACCGCGGCCCCCGGACCCAGAGGUGGAGGAAAUCCUGAAGAUAGAGGUGAAACCUUUCACCGCUAAACCCCCCUGACCCUCAUGUCUCCCCUCAAUCAAGGAUACCUGAAGCCCACCCCCUCAACACCAACCCACCCCCUCAUCUACCUCACACCUGUGAAAAAAAAUGGGAGGUCUUGAUUUCUUUACUUUUUAUUUUAUUCGUAUUUUUCUAACCAGCGCAGCUAUGGCAACGAUCAACGGGGUACGGACGUGCGUGAAUGUGUGUGACUGACUUGCAGUCAUCUGGUGCAGCUAUGGCAACCACCGCUGGAAUGGCGACUGCAGGGAAUGACUGUUUUUUUUCUUGUUUCAAUCAGUGCAGCUCAAGAGUGAAACAACGUGGUAUGAAUUUUUUUUCUUUUUUCUCCUUGGACCUAAGUGUUGGCCAUUUUUAAUGCUUUUUUUCCUUACAGAUGUUGUCGAUUUUAAAAAGCCACAAAUUUCUAUCCUUGUAGGCCUAAUCAUUCCGAAAACCAUCCUUUUUGGCACACACGGUAGCUCAGUUUAAGAAGGAUUAGAAGAAGACUCUUAAAAGCUCGAGACACUCUAAGCGAUAAUCCCCGACCCGUAGGAUUGUUAGCUCGGUUUAUGAAGAUCUUUAGGGAAACAUUAUGGAUUCCAGAGGGAUUUUUUUUUUCUCAAAAAAAAGACGGCGAGCUGCCGAACACAUUCUCUAUCAUCUUGAAACGCUCGCUACAAACAUCUCUCUUUCAUGAAAUAGACCGGACCAACUGAUUGUCACAGAGUGAGCAUGUGUGUGUUUGUGCAUGCGUGUGCAAGAGAAAGUGUUUGUGUGCGUGCGUUGUGAAAGCUGUCGGACUGGCCUCUUCUCCAGGUGCGAGUCAACACUAUUUUUCAGUUCCCUAUUAUUAGAGAUAGACCAGCGUAGAUAAGACAUCGUAUAAUCCAGCUAGUUUAGAUUAAAGGUAACGAAUCGAUCAUUAGACUUCCACUUUGGUCGUUGCAUAAUUAGUUGAAAAUAACAUUACAGUUUAUAAAAUCAUAGUAUAAGUCAUUAAUAUAUAUGUAAAGUCACAAGAUAUAAUUGAAAUUCUAUUAACUUUAAGUAAUGCAUAUAUAAGGAAUUAGCUCUGACAUAGGUGAAUAGCCCUGUAUAUUGCAUGGGAUUCUUUGUUGUCGUGUGAAAACCCGUAGCUCGCUCUCUAUUUAACCGUUUUCAUCCAUGACAAAUCAAACUGACCGUUUUUUUUUUUACUCCACCAUGCCUUCUUCUUCUUCUUCACUAGUUCAAAAAAAUAGUCAGCAAUCGCUUCUGACCCAGCACAAAGACUCACCUUGUUUGAUUCUAGGUGCAGACCAUUACAGUGUCAUCACAGCUGCUCUACUUACGUAAUACCUCACCAAUUCUUCCUCUUGGAAACGAAUGUCACAGAACGCCAAGCUGUUUUGCUCUCCCAGCUGUGUUGCAGUUAAGAUCGAACCACCUGUUCCUUUUUCCAUCUGUGCCUACCAGUUGUUAGUUAGCACCAGCCAGGUUAACACUCACUCCUCUUUAGGAUGAGAGGCCGUCACUGCUGCUGCUGCUUCAGACUCACUGAAGAGAGAGAGAGAGAGAUAGAGAGGGAGAGAGAGAGAGAGAGAGAGAGAAGGAGUGCUGCUUUUGGUAUAACUUGAAUCCCAAGCAUGGCUUUAGUGGCACUUACUUGUGACCUAACAACUCUUCUCUGACCAUAUUGAAUGUGAAAAGAGCUUAUCUGAAGUCGACUCCUCACAAAGUUCACGUCGGGUCGCUUUGGAGUUGUAUCUUAAUGUUCUGACAAAUCAAAUAACUUUGUAUGAUGAUAUCAAACUAGCUUGUGUGUUUUUAAAAAAAAAGCUCUAAGUAGACAACCAACUUUUUUUUUGGUAUAUUUCUUAUACCAAAGAGUUUGGCUUUAUUUUUUGAAGGCAUUUAAAAGUUUGCUGAAGUGCUUGCUAUCCUCGCCCUUUCACAAUAAGAGAGGACUUAUUGCUGAAAGCGCAAACACUGCGGUUAUUACUUUUUUUUUUAAUGUACAGCUUUUUGAAUGUGUGCGUGCGUUAAAAAAAAAAAAAAAAAAAAAUCAAA